AUGUUUUCCAUGAGAAGGUAUCUACGUGUACCAAAUGAAUUGAAACCUUCCGAAUUAUUCAAACAAGAUUCCUUAUCACCUGGGAAAAUAACAUUACAGAUUAUUCUCCUGCAAAUAUUCUAUUACAGCACCGCCAUGUUCCUCUUUUACUCUUGGGGGAAAUUGGUAGGCUAUAAAAUUGAAAUGAAGAAAUGGUUAAUAUCUUGGGAAUCUAUUGACUUCACAAACGGUUAUGGUCUUACCAUAUCAAUGCUUUGGCUGGCGGACUCUUUGAUAUGUGUCAUAUUUCUGACAGUAAUCGUUGGUAGAAGUAAACUAGCUUGGGACUUUGCCAUUACAAUACAUGCCAUUAAUUUCAUAGUUGUUUAUGUAUACAGUGGGAAACUCCCCUCGUUUUCAUGGUUUUUCCUUCAGUUUCUAUCUUCCCUAAUCCUUAUAUUCUUGGGUACAUGGACAACACGUUGGAAGGAGUUGAGAGAAACAUUUUUUGAAGGUAUGAUUGACCAGGAAGAACUGCAUUCUAUCGGAAGCAACACUCAUCCAGGAGAACCAGUUCCGGUUGUACGUGACCUGGAAAGUCAAAGGUAG